AUGAUCUCAGCCAUCUCCAGCCCGUGGCUGACGCAGCUCUCCCACUUCUGCGACGUCGCCGCGUUCACGGCCAACAGCCUGAGCAGCCUCAACGCCUCGGCGGCGGCGGCGGCGGCGGCGGGCGGCUACCACCACCUCUCCCCGUCGCCGGGGGACCCGUACGGCCAGCAUGAGCCGCCGCACUACGAGCCCUGCUCGGCGCAGCAGCAGCAGCAGCAGCAGAGCCACCCGCCGCCGCCGCCGCCGCACCACCACGGGGGCCAGCCGCCGCCGCCGCCGCUGCACGGCUACCGCUUCGCGGGGGGCGCCGGUUCCAACCCCGCGCCGCCGCCGCCGCCGCCGCCGGCUGGCCCCGACGGCCCCGAGGGCGGCGGCGGCGGCGGCGGCUCGGCACCGUCCUCGGCCAAGGCGCCCGUGAAGAAGAACGCCAAGGUGGCCAACGUCAGCGUGCAGCUGGAGAUGAAGGCGCUCUGGGACGAGUUCAACCAGCUGGGCACCGAGAUGAUCGUCACCAAAGCCGGCAGGCGAAUGUUCCCCACCUUCCAGGUGAAAAUUUUUGGAAUGGACCCCAUGGCUGACUACAUGCUCCUGAUGGAUUUUGUCCCAGUGGAUGACAAGCGAUACCGAUACGCGUUUCACAGUUCUUCUUGGCUGGUGGCUGGCAAAGCGGACCCUGCAACACCCGGGAGAGUUCAUUAUCACCCCGAUUCCCCAGCCAGGGGAGCACAGUGGAUGAAACAGAUUGUCUCCUUUGACAAACUGAAGCUAACUAACAAUUUGCUGGAUGACAACGGACAUAUCAUUUUGAACUCCAUGCACAGAUACCAGCCUCGAUUCCACGUGGUGUACGUGGACCCGCGGAAGGACAGCGAGAAGUAUGCGGAAGAGAACUUCAAGACCUUCGUCUUCGAGGAGACCCGCUUCACGGCAGUUACGGCCUAUCAGAACCAUCGGAUAACGCAGCUAAAGAUCGCCAGCAACCCUUUCGCUAAAGGAUUCCGGGACUGCGACCCAGAAGACUGGCCCAGGAAUCACCGACCUGGGGCCCUGCCUCUCAUGAGUGCUUUUGCCAGAUCCAGAAAUCCGGUGUCUUCCCCAGUGCAUCAGAAUGGAACUGAAAAAGAAGCAGUGGAGAGCCGCCGGGAGUACGAGCGGGAAGCAGCCAGUGGGACGCCGCUCCACGCCGAUCCUGCUCACCAGCAGCUCAUGUCGAGGGUGCUGAGCCCCGCGCUGCCCGUGCCCGGCGGAGGGGGCCUGGUUCCGCUCUCCAGUCCCGCCGGAAGCCGGCCGAGCCCCCCACAUCACGAACUGCGGCUGGAGCCCUCUGCUUCGGAGCCCCUCCACCACCACCCCUAUAAGCACCCAGUCUCGGCCUACGACCAUUAUCUGGGAGCAAAGAGCCGACCGGCGCCUUAUCCUUUGCCCAGCAUCCGGGGACACAGCUAUCACCACCACCACCACCACAUGAAUCCAGCGGCGGCGGCAGCCGCUGCUGCGGCUGCUGCCGCGGCUAACAUGUAUUCCUCCGCAGGAGCUCCCAGUAGCUAUGACUAUGGACCAAGAUAA